AUGCUCUUCUAGGUUGCAGAGAUGGAGGAAAUGACCAUCUGGGAGCAAUAUACCAUUACGUUGAAUCGGGAUCCCCGGAAGGGUUUUGGCAUUGCCAUUUCGGGUGGCCGUGAUCGUCCAAACAGUUCAGAUGGUGACACCUCUAUUAUCAUAUCAGAUGUGGUGCCUGGAGGCCCAGCUGUGGGACGACUCCAGACCCGGGACAAGAUUGCCAUGGUCAAUGGCCUCUCCAUGGAGAACGUGUCUUCGUCUUUCGCCAUCUCCACUUUGAAAACCUGUGGCAAGUUGGCUAAUAUUACGGUAAAAAGACCCAGAAAAAUCCAUCUCCCAGUUACCAAAUCCAGCCAGCCAAAAAGCCAGCCUCCCUUGACUCCUACUAAACAUGCGACUGAUGGGAGAAAUGAUGACUCGGAUGAGGAUUAUGGGUACCAGGGGGGUGAGUCAGCCCCCUCGGGCCAACAUCCCAGGAAGAGCCGGCAGCGGACAGAAGCAGAACAUAACCGCGGUUACGAUGGAGAUUCGUCCAGCGAGAGAAGUUCGGGACAUUAUCGUGAGGAUGAAAAUGACAGCACCCGCAGGCAACCCCUCAGGAGCCGGAGGCGGAGCCAAGAGGGCGGCUACCGGAGGCGGAGCCAAGACAGCGGGUCUGAUAAGCCCCCUCUGGCCAAUGGACACCAUUACAAAGGAAGCAACAGCGGGCUUGUCCUCAUGUCUGGGUUUAAGAGACUGCCAAGGCAGGACGUGCCGAUGAAACCCGUCCGCUCAGUUUUGGUGAAACGGAAGGAGAGUGAAGAAUACGGACUGAAGCUGGGAAGCCAGAUUUUCAUCAAACACAUCGCCGAGACAGGAUUGGCGGCCAAGAAUAACUCCCUACAGGAAGGGGACCUUAUUCUCAAGAUCAACGGUGUCAUCAGCCAGAACAUGUCUUUGGAAGAGACGCGACAGCUGAUCGAACAGUCUGAGGGAAAACUUACCUUACUUGUUUUACGUGAUAACAGCCAGUUCUUGGUCAACAUCCCUCAAGUGAGAGACAGCGAUACUGAAAGUUCCCACCUGGACGAUAUAUCUGAUCUUGGUUCAGACAUCUCGCCUCCCCCUCCUGUGGGAAGUACACCCCAUUCUCCUCAAUCUCCAACAAGGGAUUCUCUCCGAUCAAACAGGGACUACAGCAGACAAGAGACAGCAACGGAAGAGUUGACUUCACCACCCGUUCUUAGUAAGUGCCUUGAACUUAGCUUCUCUUGUAAGGUCGAUGAUAAUGAGCGAUGUCUCUUGAGGGGGAAAAAUCUGGGAUCACUUGCAAACACAGACGUCCUCGUCCUCAUUAUUAUUAUUACUAUUAUGGUUGAUUGCACCGUCAGCCAGAUGUUUAGAUUAGACUUUGCAUUUUUGUCCACCCAUCGAGUCUUUCCCAAAGACCUGGGGGCAGAACAGUUCGCCAGUCUGGAAUCGGUUCUCAAAACGACGUCAAAGACCUCCAAUGCUUUAGGGGCUCGAGCAGAGUUCUGGAAACUCCGAGGUUUGCGGGGAGCCAAACGGAUGCUGCGCAAAAGCCGGGAAGAUCUGUCAAAUCUUACCAAGCAGGGCCACUAUCCGCCUUACGAGAAGGUUGUACUCAAGGAAGCCACUUUUAAGCGUCCUGUGGUGAUCCUGGGCCCAAUUGCUGACAUCGCCAUGCAGAAACUGAGCACGGAGAUGCCAGAUCAAUUUCAGACUGCAGAGAGUGUUAUCAGAGAAGGAGGAACAUCUAAAGUGAUCAAACUGGACACCGUGUGGCAAAUUGCAAAGCAGGAUAAACAUGCAUUGCUCGAUAUCACACCAGCUGCUGUAGAACGUCUCAAUUAUGUGCAGUAUUUCCCCAUUGUGGUCUUCUGUGAGCCGGACAGCCGGCAAGGAAUCAAGGCCAUGAGGCAGUGGCUGGUGCCAGAUUCCAAGAAGAGUUCGCGGCGCCUCUAUGUGCAGGCCUCCAAGAUGCAGAAGUAUUGCAGCCACCUCUUCACGGCCACCAUCAGCCUCGCCGGAGGGUCCAACAACUGGUACCAGACCCUGAAGGAGAUUAUCCAAAUUGAGCAGGCCCGCCCUGUCUGGAUGACGGAAGAACAGGUGGAUGCUUCGGCUGAGGAGAGCUUGGACAUAUUAAACCAGACCUCGGCCAUCAGUAUGGGUGACCUGACUUGUGACAGUCGGGCCAACAGUGAUUAUGAGGAAACGGACGCAGAAGGAGAACCUUACACGGACCAGGAAUUAGAUGAGCCCUAUCAAGAGGCAGCUCUGAGCCGUUCUUCGGAGCCGGCAGAACAAAACCUGGAUCAGGACCUGAAUGAGCGUGUGGCAGCUGCUUUGGCCUACCCCAUUGACGUGCAUGAUAGUGAUCACCAACCCCAAGGACAGUGGCACAGCAGUUAUGACAUCAGGGAAUACGAACAUGAAGCGCUGCGGCAGAAGUUCACCCAUGCACAGACUUACGACUCUGAGUCAGACCAGGACUAUGGUUACGACUGGGGACCUGCCACAGACCUGUGACCAUGCCAGCAGCUACGUUGCCCGCCUGCAACUUACUUGGAUGGCCGUGCAAAGCUGGCCUUGUCAUUCCAAUUUUGCUGGCACCCUUCUGAGGCCUUCGAUUCUCCUAUAGAGUGCUAAAAACGUGGGGGAUAGGGCAAGAUUUGCAACGGCUGGAGGUCCUCGUGUGCUUGUUCCGGGAAUGUUCCAGUGACUCUUUCACCGUCUUGCCUUAAGUUGGGGACAUCCCAGAGCAGCCAGGAGGAACAUGCCACCUUGGAUGGAACUUUGGUCUUCAGUUGAACUUCUCCACCGUCCUUUCUUUGGGCAGUUUCAUCUCAAGCUGGAUGGAUAUCUGGUGCGUUCAAGUUACUACUGCCCUUUGCUCAAGAUCAAGGAUUUCCACCGGCCAACAAACUCAUAAUAUGGCCUGGGAGGACUUUACCACCAUUUUAAUGUCAUUCUGGAUCCAUUUAACCGGAAUAAGAAGCUUCAAGCUGCAAAUACAUCAAUGUUUCUCAACCGUAACAACUUGAAGAUGUCUGGACUUCGACUCCCAGAAUUCCCCAGCCAGCUCUGCUAGCUGGGGAAUUCUGGGAGUUGAAGUCCAGAUAUCUUCAAGUUGCCAAGAUGGAGGAAUACUAUACACAGCGUCAUUAGGCCACUUUUAUACUUCAAGUGAGGCGAAGAACUUCCACCUCAUGUUUUUAACUUGAUACACAAUACUUUUAAGAAACCAUCAUUCGCAAAGUUGAGGAUUGUCUCAAGAAUUUUAAAUCCACACCUCAUAUAUUGUCUUUCCCCACCAGAGGACUAUUUUUGCUUACAAACAACACUCCGUGUUUUAUCUUUUUAAAUCUUUCCCCUUGUGUAUAAUCACCAGCUAAUAUGGCUCCCUACUUGGCAGUCAAGAGCCCCUUCCUCACCCUUUCACUUCAGACCUAAACUAUAUAAUCUCACACAACCACAAAUUAAGGCCGAAAAUUCACGAGAUGGCCAAUUUUGACUACUAUACAACUCCAAAAUCUCAUUCAAUCUGGCCUCAUUCAAUCUUCAUGAUUCAGCUUUUUUUUUUUUUAAAAAAAAGUUCAAUUGGGAGGCUACACAUUUAUAGUACAGACAGUCCUUGAGUUAUGACCAUAAUGGAGCUUGCCCAUUAUGGUCAAAAGUUGGCAUAAACUUUAUUAGGGGCACUAUUGUUCUGGUUCCCUAGGAUUUUGUAACUCCCUUUUAUAAUUUGCAAUGUGGUAGUCAGAAAGGGUGAUUUAAUUCUGCCUUUUUAAUCAAAAAAAUAUGACAGAGUAUUAAGCAUAUUUAAUUACUUUUUAAAAUCCGUAUAACUUCCCUUUGGGAUUUCUCUUCCCUUUUGCAUUUUUGUGCGCCCGUUGACAAGGAGCAGCCUGGGAUGAGGGAAUCUGAUGUAUUGCCUUAAUGUAUGUGACAAUCUUCUCCAUAUGUGAUGAGUGAAGAUGGAGGAGGAGCUGUGGCUUGCCCGUCCAUCAUUUGUGCCUUUUGUAUCAUUAAAGGAUUCCUUUUCAGCUAA